AUGUCAAAAAGCGGUUCCGCAAAAUGCCUCCAGGAGAUAACGUCAGCCAUUGCUGAAUCAUGGGAUGGGAAAUCGGAUUUCUUGGGAGAGUGGCAAGACCGAUCAGAUGUAUAUGAGCCGCUUUAUCAUGAUUACAUGUCUACUACAGGCACAUUGAAUGAGCAGAGCCACGAUCACGAAAUUGCCAUCGCGUUCCACGAACGAAUAAUUGAAGUUUUCCGUGAAGGUCUCCUGGAUGUCACUGGAGAUCUCAGACAUUACCGAAAAUGCUACGUGAAAGCGUCUCAAUUUGACUCACUUCAAAAAGUUGCUUCGAUUUUGGAUUUCCUUUUGUACUUGUAUCAAGUGAAGCUGGUGGCAUUUGCCAAAAGAUUGUUUUUCCUGUCGCUAAUUCAUCUGGUAAAAUACCUAAUAACGCUAUGGGGAUCACAGCUCGAGGUCUUUUGGGAAUACAUGGAAUCUCGAGAGGACCUUAUCAUCGGCCAUAUAUGUCAGGUCCUGGUGGUUCAAGAUAGAAUCGACAUGCUAGAAAUGUGCAACUUGAUCACUGAUUAUUAUCAUGACAAGCUUGACACAUCUGCUGAGACUGAGUCAUUGAGAGAUACACUCAAAUUCAAGGUUCGCAGCUAUAUAUCUAGAGCUCUUCUGUUUCUGGAUAAAACCGGACUCAACAAUUCAUACAGUGGUGCUGGUCGAUCAUUGCCUCCGCUCACUCUGUCAGAUCGAUUUGUCGUUGACUUUUACACAACUCAAGAGAUGAUGAAUGACCCACAAAAAUGGAUUCGUAUGACACCAGGGAAACGCGUUGAUAUGGUGUUUGACAACAUGUACCGCUUGGUCAGUCACUUAUGCGAUCAUCCCUCCUCAGAUGAUCUUGACUCUGCUACAACUGCAGAUCUCACCUUUAUGAUUCCAUAUUUGCCUUUUUCCAUCUGGGAUGUCUAUGGCGAUAAAAACUAUAAUGCUAAUGCCAUUUAUGACUUGAUAGAUCGGCCUGGUUUUCGUCUUGAAUUUAUCACCCAGGUAGUGAUCUUUAUGAAGCGAUUACUUGGAGAUAAUGAGAACUCCAUGGGGUUGGACGUUAGGAUUACUCCGGCGAUGGAAAAACGAAGUUCGCGAACGUUAGACGUCUGCUCUAAGUUUUUGCGAUCAACUUAUCCACAUUGUAAGAAGCUUCUUGACGAAUACCUACAAAGUGAGUAUACAUGGUGGAGUUGGCUCCAAAACGGAAAAGACAAAACCGGAAAAGCCCUUAUUCCUUGUACUGAAAUGGGCGUUUUGGAGGGUUUCAGUGACAUUGACAAUAGCCACUUCAGCGAAAAUCUUGGUAGCUCACAAUCACAGCGCAUAUACAUUACGCGUACUCUCACCAAAAUUAUGACAGCGACAACGACAAUUGAAACAUUCGUCAGCGGAAAGCAUGGGAUUGGGAUGAGUGAAAAGGAGAACCAGGAUUCUAAUUCUUCUACAGCAGCUGCGAAUACUACCGAUAGCGAUAUCCUGUACGAAAAGAAUACGGCUCUUUGGAAAUCAUUGCGAAGCUCUCGGGGUGAGAACUUCUUGCUGUUGACCAGUAAAUUGGGCACUCACAAUUUGUGCAAUAUCUCAGAUAAGGUGAAUUUGUAUGACCUGGAGGAAGAUGAGAGCGGCAUUGACGAAGAAAGUCAAGGGGAGGAGAAAAUAACCGAAAGAGAUAUUGCGUUUGGCAAAGAAGAGGAGAAGGAGGAAAAGUUUGAUCACCCAGAUUACACUUCUGCGGCAGCCGGCGAGGAAGAUCUAUUGAUCACAGGCGACAACACCAGUGGAGUUGACUAUAAGGAAGAUUUUAGCCCCUACAAUCAUGGAGGAGAGUCUCGAGAUGGAAAGGAUGCUGAAAGUGAGAAUGACAAUGUUGACAACCCCCACCUAACAGAAAUUGGGGAUGAUGCGGUGUACGAGAACGUUGAGUUAUCCGCAGAAUCCACUCCGAGAGUGGAAGAUAUGUCUAAUGCUGAAUCAAACAUGUCAUCGCUAUCGCCUGUGGAAUCUACAGAUUCACAAAGCCUAGAGGCAGCUUUUAAACUUGAUGAACAAUCAGAUCGGAAGCGCAGACGAGAUGAUGCAGAUAGCGAUGACGAGCCGCCUCAUAAGCGCCACGCACCUGAAUAG